AUGAAUACGGUGCCUCAGGCUGCUGUAAGCCUAACUCAGCGACCUUUGCGACCUAUGGCCAUGGUGUCACUAGAUGGUGGCGGCGUCCGGGGUCUCUCAUCGUUGUUGAUCCUGCGGCUAUUACUCACCCUUGUGACCCGAGAACUUGUCGAAAGGCAGGUCAUACCAGACGACCAGUCUACCCUGAAUCCUCAGGAGGUCUUUGACAUUGCUGUGGGAACGUCGACAGGCGGACUGAUUGUAUUAAUGUUGGUCAAGCUGGACAUGUCAUUGGAAGAAUGUAUUGAACAGUAUAAAGUUCUUUCGGGAGAAAUCUUCUCAAAGGAGCGUCCACUGUUAAAAAGAAUCUUCGGGGAUGACUGGUCCAAGUUCUCCGGCAAGAGACUCCAACGAGCCGUUGAAAAGUUGUUAUCAUCCAGAGGCCAGCCGCACGACUUGAAACUACGUUGUAGCACUCAGAAAAUUAGCGUGCAGGGGUAG